GUAGGAAAUCCGUUUGUGGUGGAUUACAGUAAUCCGACAGCAGAGUCUGGACGAUACAUUUGAUCACGACCAAAACCCAAACCGAGAGGCCUGGACCAAAUGAGGUACAGCCAAGAACAAACAGAUGAAAUUAAGACAUGAACUGAUGCGCGGUGUGUAAACCUGAGCAAAGUGACAGUGAGAUUGGCUGGAAAUCGUUUCCUGGACCGGAGCGGUCGAUUCAUCUGACAGAAAUUGACAGCAGCUGGCUAGCUAACGUUACCUCCGCAGCGCAGGGCAGAGAGACAAGGCAGGAAAAAAGCUUUAAUUUAGUGGUUAAGGUGAUCUUCCCCUUUCCCUCCCCCUCACAUCUAUAGCUAGCUAACUAAUUUACGCUCCUGCCUAGUUGAUCUGCACUGCCCUAGUCUACAAGCCCGCUGCCGUAGAGGAAGGCUGUGGAUCCAGAGGUGCUGUUCCAGCUAGCUAGCUAGCAGCACGGCUAGCUCAUUUUACCAGCUAGCCUGCUAGCUACGCCGAGGAAUUCACACCAUUAGCUAGCUGUUUCCUGCUGGGGAAGACACACCGAGAUGUCGGUGACGAAAGACCAAACGCCAACCAAACUGUCCACCACCGAGCGGCCCAUUAAAGCGGUGCCCUACCCCCCUGGUUCCAGGCUGACUGUAAAGGACCUGUAUGUAGAUGGGAAGCCCAGUGUUGAGGUACUGAAGAGCCAUCUGGUUAAGGAGGGCCGCCUUGAGGAGGAAGCAGCUCUACGCAUCAUCACUGAUGGAGCCAACAUCCUGCGACAAGAGAAAUGCAUGCUGGAGGUGGAAGCACCUAUUACAGUGUGUGGGGAUGUCCAUGGCCAGUUCUUUGACCUGAUGAAGCUGUUUGAGGUGGGCGGCUCGCCCAACAGCACCCGCUACCUGUUCCUGGGGGACUAUGUCGAUCGAGGGUACUUCAGCAUCGAGUGCGUGUUGUUCCUGUGGACUCUGAAGAUCAACCACCCCACCACUCUGUUCCUACUCAGAGGAAACCAUGAGUGCCGACAUCUCACAGAGUACUUCACCUUUAAACAAGAGUGUAAGAUAAAGUACUCUGAGCGUGUGUAUGAUGCGUGUAUGGAGGCGUUUGACUGCCUUCCCUUGGCUGCGCUCCUCAACCAGCAGUUCCUAUGUGUCCACGGAGGCCUGAGCCCUGAAAUCACCUGCCUGGAUGACAUACGCAAGCUGGAUCGGUUUAAGGAGCCCCCUGCAUUCGGACCCAUGUGUGACCUGCUGUGGUCAGACCCUGGAGAAGACUACGGCUCUGAGAAGACCCAGGAACACUUUGCUCAUAACUCUGUUAGAGGCUGCUCCUACUUCUACAGUUACCCAGCAGUAUGUGACUUUCUGAUGAACAAUAAUCUGCUGUCAGUAAUAAGAGCACAUGAAGCCCAAGACGCUGGGUAUAGAAUGUACAGGAAAAGCCAGACGACAGGUUUUCCUUCUCUGAUCACGAUCUUUUCUGCUCCGAAUUACCUGGACGUGUACAACAACAAAGCGGCGGUGCUGAAGUAUGAGAACAACGUGAUGAACAUCAGGCAGUUCAACUGCUCCCCCCACCCCUACUGGCUGCCCAACUUCAUGGACGUCUUCACCUGGUCUCUGCCCUUUGUAGGCGAGAAAGUGACAGAGAUGCUGGUUAACGUGCUCAACAUCUGCUCUGACGACGAGCUCAUGUCUGAAGGAGACGACACCUGCGAGGCUGGAACUUCUGCUGUGAGGAAGGAGGUGAUCAGGAAUAAGAUCCGAGCGAUCGGGAAGAUGGCCCGCGUCUUUUCUGUACUCCGAGAGGAGAAUGAGAGUGUGUUACAGCUGAAGGGGCUGACCCCGACUGGGGCCUUGCCUGUAGGAGUUCUGUCUGGAGGACGGCAGACCCUGGAGAGCGCUACCGUAGAGGCAGAAGAGGCACGAGCCAUCCAAGGGUUCAACCCGCAGCAUAAGAUCCAGUCCUUUGAGGAGGCCCGAGGUCUGGACAGGGUCAAUGAGAGGAUGCCCCCCCGUCAAGAUGCUCCUCCCCCUUCCAACAACCUUACAGCCAGCGCCCCACCCGACAAGAACGGGACCAACACACAGGCCUAGACACCUGGCCCACCUCCCUCACUCUCUCCCUCUGUUUUUCCCUCUUCUCCCUUUUUCUCUUGUGCCUUUCUCCCUUUCUGCUGUCCUCUCUUUUUUCACUGUCUCCCCUUCCCUCUUCUCCUCUCUUCUCUCCCUCUCUUUCUCUCCCUCUCUUCCUCUCCCUCUCUUCCUCUCCCUCUCUUCCUCUCUUCCUCUUUCUCUCCCUCUCUCCCUCUCCUUCUCUCCCUCUCUUCCUCUCCUUCUCUCCCUCUCUUCUCUCUGUGAGGGGCAGUAGGAUGGGUCUUUGUUACUUGGCCUCCAGAGAAUCAGUCCAACAUCAUGUUUAUUUAUUUCAUCUAGAAUGAAUCUAAUGUCAUCAGUUUAAAAGUGGAUCUGAACAAAUGACACAUGAUGAUUAAAUCUACAGUGUACAUUUCUAUAAAUGAUACAUAACGAUUCAAUAUACAAUGUACAUUUCUAUGUAGACUGGCCCUAGGCUGGGGCUUCACUGCCGUAUUAAAUAAAAGGCAAAUCCAUUUUGUAAUUUUGAGUUGAUAUUUGGGAUAAUAUUCAGAACACAUUUUUAUCUGUUACUACUUUGUGUGCUUGGCAAAGGAAGACCUGUGCUGUAACUCAUAUAAAGGUCUUUACUCAUCUAAGAUAUAAAGUAUCUCGGCUAUGGUACCUAAAAUAUGAAGUACCUAUGCUAUGGUGCCUAAGAUAAAGUUUAAAGUACAUUUGCCGUGUCUGUUUGUGUCCCACCCAAAAAGAGCAAGCAAGAGCACUUGAGUAAAAAAGAAUAAUCGAUUGGAACCUCCAUUGCAUUAAAUCCAUCCUUUCUUAUGCCAAUGAUAGUGUGACAGAGUAUUGACAUUUAUAUUAUAUAUGUACAUUAUAAAUGUUCCCUUCUCUCAAUGUGAUUUUGACUUUGUUUUUAUUAUUUUUUUUAUUUUUACGAAAAGUAGAAUUAGGCGUUAUACCUAGAUCAGCCAGGGGGGGGUGAAGUAAAGAUGAGAGUUGUCUCUUUGCGAAGAUGUCAGUUGGUUACCAGUGGAGGAGUUGAAGAUUGUGUGUGUGUGUGUGUGAGAGAGAGAGAGCAAGAUGUAUGAGUGAAAGGUUUGUGUGUGGAGAGGAUGGGUGUAGGUGGAUGAUGACUAAGUGGAGGUGAGUCGGCGAGACGAGUGGCUGUUUGGAGUGUGGGUUUUUGGUUGUGGGGGAGGGGGGCGUUAAUAGAGAAUGGUGUUGUGGAGGUGUACUGUAUGUAAGGGGGUGGGAGAGGGGGGCCGGGGCCUCAUUUUUUUUCUGACUUCUGUUCCAGCUCCUCAACAUAUCUCACAGAAUGUACAGAGAUUGUUUAAUCAAGGUUUUUCUUAAUAGCUGAAUAAAAAAAUGUUUUUUUUUUUUGUCAAGUACUUGUACUGCGAGGCCUCUGAUUUCUGUAGAUGUAUCACUCCAUUCAAUAAAAACUGAAAAGGAACAA